AUGGCUGGUCUUCAGAUACUGUCACGGCAGCACAUCCUGGCCUGUCGUCAGGUUGUCAUUGGUGAACAGGAGAUUCCCGAAGGCCGUCAGUCUCUCUCCGAUUCUCACGCUAAUCUGGAGAAAGUUGCGGCUUAUUGUAUCGAGAACUUUGCCAGGGCGGAAAAUAAGGCCGGAGCGUUGGAAGAGACGAAAAACUACACGACUCAAUCCCUGGCCAGCGUAGCCUAUCAGAUCAACACACUGGCUUACAACUUCCUCCAGAUGGUCGAACAACAAGCCAAUCAGCUAGCAGAGAUGGAGAGCCAAGUGAAUUACAUAUCCCAGAUGGUGAUGGUGCACAAGGAGAAAGUAGCGAGGAGAGAGAUUGGCGUCCUAACGACCAACAAAACGACCGCUCGACAGUACAAGAUCCUCGCUCCGGCCAACACAGAGAAGCCGAUCAAAUACGUCCGGAAACCGAUCGACUUUACCACUCUCGACGACGUAGGCCACGGCAUAAGAUCGUCCUCAAGCAGCACCCCAAGGUCGAGGAGGAGCACCAGUAGCGUAGGAAUGCCUCCACCUCCGGCACACCAACAGCCGCCGACAUCCGCAGGGCCGGCUCCCACGACCAAGCCUCCUACGCCCCCGCAGUCCAAUAGAUCGGUGAGCAGUCUGUCUCGGGGCUCCAGGGAGUACCGCACCCCCCCGGCUGUUGCUCCUCCACAGGCAGUCCCCGAGACACGCACGUCCGACAUACGAACACCCACGAUUACAAACGGGAAGCCAAUAUAUUCGUCACGAAAACCCGUACCCAGUAACUACGCACCGAACUACCCCAUUGGACACCCACGCCGCAACGAUCGUUCCAGCGGGUACAGCACCCUGCCUCACCAAUCAGCGGCUCACGUCACCCCAAUCAACGGAGGAAGCCCCGCCCCGCCUCCCCAAGUGGGCAUGGUGCACCCUAUGUCCCACGGGGUGCCCCAGGGAUCCUACACCCCCCCGCCCCCGCCCCCGCACAUGCAGGAGCCGCCCCAGUACGCCUCGCACCCAAUGGGGAUGCCCCGCUAUCCGACGCUCAUCCGACCUGCCAUGACAUUGCCCAAAAAUCUAACUAACAAGAAUCUAACAAGCAAGACCAACGAAGUGAUCUUAGCGCCUCCAUCUCCCGCCUCCUCUGGGGUCGUCAGCGAACAGGAGUACAACAGCAGGUCGUCGGGCGCCUCCUCACCCCCUCUGCCACCUCCGCCCACGAGCGACUCUGAGAUGCCCCCAGCCGUUCCCCCGCACUUCAUGGAGAAAGGUGGUUACUUUCUAGUGGACGAUACUCCCGCCCCGCACCGCACCCCAGGGACCAAUGCCAAUGCUCCGGCCGUACCACCGCAUUACCUCGAGAAAGUGAUUGCCGUUUAUGACUACAGUGCUGACAAGGAGGACGAACUGACCUUCUCGGAAAACGCCGUCAUCUACGUACUCAAGAAGAACGACGAUGGGUGGUGGGAGGGCGUAAUGAACGGCGUCACCGGACUCUUCCCCGGGAAUUACGUCGAGCCGCUCAUGUGAAGCGGCCGGGGUAGCCGCCGUGCGUCCGUUGAUACUAACUCAUCGCGGAUUAUUAGUACACUUGACGUCAAGGAUGGGAUUUAUACCUUCGGCGGUCCGGUUAUCACCCCAGGAGACUGAACGACCUACACACAUACACACGCACACACAUACACACGCACACACAGACACACACCUAACCAGUGCUGUACAGUAGUUAAGGUCAUUUAUAGUUUUAGUCGUUAUCGAUCACCUGAACAUUAACACCCCUCCCCCCCCUCGCCUUAGAUAGUUUCAGGGUGGUUAAAGUUCAGGGUGGUUAAGCUGGGGGUGACUUCAGGUGAGCACUUGGGGGUUAAUCUUCAGGUGAGCACUUGGGGGUUAAUCUUCAGGUGAGCACUUGGGGGUUAAUCUUCA